UUUUCGAAAUUUAAAACUACUCUAAAAUUUUUUGUUCGCUCUGUUUUUUACUUAUUUACAUAAUUUUGUCGAUAUUAAAGUGAUUAAAUAAGCUAAAUCAAUAAAUGACAAGAUGGCAAAACCAGAUGUCUCCAAAGAAGUUUUGAGUCUUCUACAGGAAGGAAACAAACCGUAUUCGGUGAAUGAAGUUUUUGAAAAAUGCGGUAAAGAAUAUGGCAAAGCUGCUGUUCAAAAAGCAUUGGAUUCCCUUUUAUUUCGGGAGAAAAUAGUUGAAAAGGCAUUUGGAAAGCAGAAAAUUUACUUUAUUCGACAGUCAAGUUAUGACCCAAAAGAAGUCAAAUCCGAACUUCAAAUGCUAACACAAAAGAAGGCGCUUUCUGAUUCAAGUUUAAAAACCAAACAGGAUAAAAUUCGUGAAUUGGAAACAAAACUUAAAUCCUUCUCAGCAAUUCCCAGUUUAGAUGCUUUGGAAGCUGAGAAGAAAAAUUUACAAGAAUCAGUUGAUGAAUUAACGGUUAAAUUGGACAAUAUUCGUGCUAAGCAGGGUGUUAAGAUUUCAUCGGAAGAUAUUAAAAAGGUUGAAAAACGCCAUGCAAAAUAUCUUUCUGUUUAUAGGAAACGAAAACGAAUCUGCACUGAUAUGAUAGAUGCUAUUCUUGAAGGCUAUCCAAAAUCAAAGAAAAUUUUGAUACAAGAUAUUGGUCUGGAAACCGAUGAAGCGGCAGGAUUUACUCCUCCUAAAUAAAAUUUUUAAACUACAUAGAAAUACGAUUAUUAUGCUUAUGUGUUCAUUAAGAUUUGUUGCUUGUUUUUGUAUAAAAAUAAAUAGUUUUUAUUUAUAUUAUAUACUAAAAUGUACAUAAUAUGUUAUGAGAAUAUUUUUUUUUUUUGUUUACUGUUAAUUUGCUACAAAAUAAUUGUUUUUGAGUCUCUGAAGUAAUUU